ACGUGCGUUUGCUUCCCUACUUAGACACGAGCAAAUGUUGCGUUCGGGUCUUUACGGAAACGCAUCGGGAGUGAAAGUCGAAAACCUGAAGAAGACAAAGAAAAAAAAUGCAGGCUUUGGUGAACGCCUUCAUGCGCUGCCUCUUCUUCCUCUUGCCCCCUUCUUGGCUUUGUGUUAGCUUCUGCUGGUGGGUUGGGAAUGAUUGCGAGGAGACGCUGCCGCGGUCCAAUCCCAGAGCUCGUUUCAAAAGCAGAAAGCCUCUUACAUAUGAGGAAGUAGCAGCGGCGGUGCACGCACACGGAGGCUGUAGCCCCUCGGUGACUCCGGCUGCAGGCUGCGUCUCGCUGGCUGCUACAAGCCCCGCUGCUCCUCAGGGCCCUCCGCCGGGUCGGAAUUGGAUCGGGGGUCUCUGGCGAGCCGUGGAGCGCAUCCUGGGAGCCCCCUGGAUUUUUCUACGCCAUCGCUGGUGCCCGAAGACGCGUCGAGCGGCUGUGAGCACCCCGUAUCCUGCCCGUGACUUCAGCUCCAGACCGAUUAGGAGCUUCCAGGGAGGCGCUGCUGCUGACGCCGAGGACUGGAAGGGGCCAGGUGGAACCACCUUGACUCGCGCCAGGACCAUGAUGAGUGGGUCCGUGGAGAUGCCCGGGCUGAGCCCAGCGGAGUGCGCCUCGGAUUCGGAGCAGGGCGUCGAUGAGGUCAUCACCGUGGACCAACACUCGCAGGAGAUGGGGACGGUGACGAUCACGGUGGCCAUCCAGGCGGCGGAAGACGAGGAGCCGGAGGAGGUGUCCUCCAACAACCUGGACUUCCUCGGAGCCAGCUGCAGCGAGGACGAAUACGGAAGACACGACAAGUCCAGUGGAGCGGGAACCAGCGGAGGGGAGUUGGAGGAGGAGAGCUGGCAGCCCCCGGAUCCAGAGCUCAUCCAGAAGCUGGUGGCUCAGAUCGAGUACUAUCUGUCGGAUGAGAACCUGGAGCAUGAUGCCUUCCUGCUUAAACACGUCCGACGCAACAAACUCGGGUUUGUCAGCGUCAAGCUCCUCACAUCGUUCAAAAAGGUGAAACACCUGACUCGUGACUGGAGAACAACCGCUUAUGCUCUGAAGCACUCAAAGAUGCUUGAGCUGAACGAAGAGGGUCGCAAAGUGCGGCGCAAGUCCGCGGUGCCAGUCUUCGCCAGCGAGUCGCUGCCCAGCCGCAUGCUGCUGCUGAGCGAUCUGCAGAAGUGGCCUGAUUUGGCCGUUCUAACUAAAGAGAAUGGGAGCGGAGAAGGAGGAGCCACUCAGCAGGAGCAGCUGAUGAAGCUGCUGCUCAAAGAAUUUGGAACUUUUGGCGCCAUCUCUUCUGUGAGAGUCCUGAAGCCUGGGAAAGACCUGCCGGCUGACCUGAAGAGGCUGAGCGGGCGCUACCCUCAGUUAGGCGCUGACGAGUGCGCCAUUGUGGAGUUUGAGGAGGUGGAAGCCGCCGUAAAAGCCAACGAUGCAGUAGGAAGUGAAGAUGGAGGAAACAGCUCCCUGGGGUUAAAAGUGGUUCUGAUUGGAACCAAGCCGCCUAAAAAGAAGGUGCCCAAAGAACGGCCCCGCGAGGAGGGAGGGAUGCGCAAGAGUCGCUCUCUGAACAGCAGAGUCAGAGAGCUCCAGUAUCACGGAGACGACUCCGCCUGCAGCUCUUCAGAAACGGAGAGCACCCCCACAUCGCCCAGGCUGGCUAGAAAAUCCCUUUCCUGCAACAAGCUCAGCCCCACCACAGCUGGCAUCAACUUCCAGAACAAUCACCUAAGUCCUGGUAUGUCUCCACGCAACAGCCCCUGGUCGAGUCCUCGUGCCAGCCCGUGUCCUCAGCGCAAAUCCCCCCACUCGCACAAGUCUCCCCUCGCCAGUGAGGGGAGGCUGAGCCCCGAGGCGGGGCGCCGCUGGGCAGACUACUCCUCAGACAGCAGCCUCACCCCUUCAGGGAGUCCGUGGGUUCAACGGCGCAAGCAGGUGGCGUCUCAGGAGAGCAGUCCAGUCGGCAGCCCGAUGCUGGGGAGAAAGAUCCAAAACGCAGACGGCCUGCCACCCGGAGUAAUGAGGCUGCCGAGGGGUCCCGACGGCACCCGCGGCUUUCACAGCAUCACUGUUGCUGAGAGAGGAAAGUCUGCCGCCACUCAGACUUGAUACUUGAUACGAGGCACAUCCUUAUGCAUUUCCUGCCCCUUCCAGAUCCAUCAGAAACUUGGCCAUGUUUGCCCCGCCCCCUCCCUCGAACAUUUGAGACUGUGUAGAUAUAUUUUUGUCAAGUGCGUUAGUUUUCAGUAUUUGUUAUAUUUUUAUACGGCAUUUUGCGUUGCCAUGGUAACAUGAGGGAUUUACCAAUGGAAAUCAGAGUGAAUGUAAACGGACGUUUGAGAGAGGGCGCCACGGAAACGGACCGUGCUGCCUCCAUUUCCUCGGGCUGUGUGCUGGUUCGGGUGAGCCUGACAGAAUUCCACCUCGUCCACUUUGGUUUGAGCGUCCCAUUUGAUGUGCAAACCCCCUCCCCCUGCAACAUUGUCUGGAUUUUAAAUGUGCAAGUGGCACAGGCACAUGGGUUUGAUAGAGAUAUCACCAUAUGCCUUCUCGUGUGUUAGUCUAAUGUGAAUUUCACUCUAGGAUAUUUUGAAUUGAAGCCAUUUUUGCCAUAAAGGUUGAAUUUUUGUUGCGUUUUUUUAUUCUAAGUUCAUUUUCUGUAUGCUUUGGCACUUGCUACAGGCAGGUAGCUGCUUUAUUUAUAUUUUUUAAGCUGUGUUUUCUUUUCGUUUUUGCUUUGACAUGCUCACAUUGAGGUUUGAGGAAAGUUGAGGUCUGGCAGAAUCGAUGCACAUGUGUUUAUUGCCUUUACAUCUGAGCUGGGGCAUUUGUACAUUGAAACUCCUAUUGUACAAAUAAAUCACUGAAAUUGCCGUCA